AUGGCCGUGGUGGUGGUGGUGGUGGUGGUGGUGGUGGAGGAGCACCAGCUGAGCGUGCGCCCGCCUGGCUUCAGGCCGGUCAUCAGGAAUAGGCUCCUCAUGGCCUUGGAUUUUCCCCUGCUCGUCUCUGAUUCCUUUAUAACCCCCGCGUCGUCGCCCGUCGGUUGCGCUGCUGACCUGGUGCGACUGCUCUCCUCGUCCGCCGUUAUCCAGGAGCUUGCCUCGCUCUCCCUCGCUCUCUUUCUCCAAGCGCGGCUACUGCCCUUUUCCGCAGCAAAGGUGCUUGUGUUUGGGCGCUGCAGCCCCCCCGGCGCCAUCAUGCGCGCCUCUCCCGUCCUCUUGGCCCUCUGGGGUUUGGCCGGCGGUGCGCUGGCCGACCCGACCUGGCCCUCCGAAGUCGACGAGCUCGAGGAAAUCAUGUACCAGCUCACCUCGUUCCGCGCCCGCAAGUUCGCCGACACGGUGAGCCCCUGCACCAACCAGGCCUCGGGCCCGGGCCGCCUCAACGCCGCCGAGUGGCUCCGCACCGCCUUUCACGACAUGUCGACGGCAAACUUUUACUUCAAGACGGGCGGCCUCGACGGCUCCCUCCAGUACGAGCUCACCAACUCGGAGAACACGGGGCCCGGCCACAAGACGACCCUCGAGUUCAUGUCCCGCUACGUCUCCCCCAAGUCCAGCCUGGCCGACCUCAUCGCCAUGGGCAUCUACACGUCGGUGCGCUCCUGCGGCGGCCCCGCCGUGCCCAUCCGCGCCGGCCGAAAGGAUGCCACGGGCAAGGGACCCACGGGCGUGCCCCAGCCCCAAAACUCCAUCCCCAUCUUCCGCCAGCAGUUUGAGCGCAUGGGCUUCACCAACGAGGAGAUGAUUCAGCUUGUCGCCUGCGGCCACACCCUCGGCGGCGUCCACCAGCAAGAGUUCCCCGACCUGACGCCCCCGGGAGUCAAGGACGGUCAGGCGCCUUCGGACUCGACUGCCGCCGUCUUCGACAACAAGGUCGUCACCGAGUACCUGUCCGGCAAGACCAAGAACCCCCUGGUCGUCGGGCCUUCGGUCAAGGCCAGGCGCAACUCGGACUUCAAGAUCUUCAACUCGGACAACAACAAGACGAUCGAGGCCAUGGCCGACCCCGUCAAGUUCAAGGCCAUCUGCAAGAAGGUGCUGCAAAAGAUGAUUGACGUGGUGCCCGACGGCGUCACCCUGACGGACCCCAUCGUCCCCUACACCGUCAAGCCCGUCAACCAGCAGCUCACCCUGGCCAACGGCGGCAACGCGCUUGUCUGGACCGGCUACAUCCGCGUCAAGACGACAGGCCUGCCCAAGAACAGCAUCAAGAAAAUCAGCAUCAACUACAAGGACCGCAAGGGGUCGGCCGACUGCGGCUCCAGCUCCUGCACUGUCACCAGCACCGUCCAGGGCGUCGGCAAGGGCUUCGACGAUACAUUUUCCUUCUUCCCCAUCCAGACCACCAUCCCAGCUUCGUCGGGCAUCUCGUCCUUUACCGUCACUGUCCACGGCGCCGGCGGCGAGAGCAAGCUCUACGACAACAACGGCAAGGGGUAUCCGAUGCGGGACGACGUCCUGUUCCAGGCGCCGCAGAGCUGCAUCCGGGGGUCCACAGGCGCCCUCACCGUCGUCGCCGCCGUCCGCAACGACGUGGCCGGCCGAGGCGACCCCAAGGCCACUGUUUGGUACAAGGUGCCCCAGACCAACAGCCCUCUCCCACAGCUCAAGAAUGAGUCCAUCGCGCUCAAGAAGGGCAAGUGUGUGGGCAAGUACACCCUCUUCGCCUCCGAGUACACUGUUCAGGGUGGCUUGGCCUAUGAGUCGCACGUCGACGUCACCGCCGACGGCCAGACGGACGGGUUCAAGAGCCUGGCCAGCAUCGGUGGCACCUGCGCACAGUUUGCCGGCGCCGCGCCCUGCGAUGCGGCUGAGCCGCCAGCCAGCUCAUCGGCCGCAUCGACGCCUGCCGGGUCGACGUCUGUGGCGUACAAGACGCUGGGUCGCCGAGCCGUGAACACGACCUCGACGGCGGCCCCGACGGCUCCUCCUACCACGACCGUCUCGACGGCGGCCCCGACCGUGACCCCACAACACCGCCAGGCCGUUGGCGGAUACAGGCUGGCGUCUUGCUGGACCGAGGGCAACGGCACCCGCGCCCUGUCUGGCAUUUCGUUUGCCAAUGACACGAUGACGCUUGAGAAGUGCAUGGGGUACUGCAGUGCAUACAACUACUGGGGAACAGAGUAUGGCCGAGAGUGCUACUGCGGCAAUUCGCUGUCGCCGAGCAGCCAGACAGCGCCCCUGGCCGAGUGUAACAUGCCCUGCGGAGGCAACGCCAGCGACUACUGCGGCGCGGGCAACCGCUUGGAACUGUACUCGACGACGAGCGCGCCCGUGACGCCGACACCGACGGCGACGCUGAUCCACAAGCCCACCGUGGCCCCCUACACGCUGGUCGGCUGCUGGGCCGAGGGCCAGGGCGUGCGGGCGCUGGAACAGAAGGCGACGAUCGACAAGGCCAUGACCAACGACGCGUGCGGGACGUUCUGCAAGGACUACAAGUACUUUGGCACCGAGUACGGCAGCGAGUGCUACUGCGGCAGCUAUGUCGGCGGGGGAACCCAAGCGCCGCUGGCCGAGUGCAACAUGCCGUGCGCAGGCGACGCGUACCAGUACUGCGGCGCCAGCAACCGGCUCGAGCUGUACAUGAACGCCAACGCGACGGGCGGACAGCCGGAGCAGCCGGCGGCGGUGGGCGACUACGUGCUCGUCGGGUGCCGGACCGAGGGCAACGGCACGCGCGCGCUGGCGGGCAAGGCGACGGCGGUCGAGGGCAUGACCAACGCCAAGUGCGGCGAGUUUUGCAAGGGAUCCAAGUACUUUGGCACCGAGUACGGGCAUGAGUGCUACUGCGGAGACGCGCUCGACGUGUCAAGCAAGGAGGCGCCGCAGAAGGAGUGCGGCAUGCUGUGCGGCGGGAACCCGCUUGAGUUUUGCGGCGCCUCCAACAGGCUGUCUGUGUACACGAAGAAGGCUGCCACGCCGCCGCCGCCGCCGCCUCCCCCUCCACCACCACCGCCGGCACCCCCAGGACCGGCGCCACCGGCGCAGAAUGGACGGCGAAACGUGCAUCGGCGGAACUAG